GCGGUGAGUGUCGCUCAACCAAAAACAAAACAACUUAUGAAAGUUCGUUCUUGUCGUUUUCACAGCACCGAGGAGUCAGGUCAACCAGAGCGCGUAAUAACUGCACACGGGCGGACACAAUCGAGUGUCCCCAAUCGCACUGGCAGCGCGUCAGCCAGCUGCAAUCCUCCACAGAGGCGUCUCUCCCACCCGCAUGCUCCGCCGCGCCUGGAAGCCCGUCCUCGGCACCGCCCUCCUCGUCGGCGCCCCAUCCUACCUCUACUACCGACACUACUACCACAAACCGGCGACCGAGACCUUCGACCUCGCGAUGCGCGUGCGCGGGCCCGACGGCCGGCCCACCAGCGUCACCCGCAGGCUGCCCUUGCUCUCCAAGGCGCAGGCCGAUGCGCGCCUCGUCGAGCACGCGACGCUGAAGACGGUGACGAGGCCCGGGGGAGUGGUGUGGAAGCAGGCGACGGCGAUACUUGCGUCGAACGACCCCAUCGAGGACGCGAACGCGAGCGCGUUCAUACAUCGCGAUGUGGCGGACAAGGCAUACCCCGGCGACCUCCUCUUCUUCGCCGUCAUGGACGGUCACGGUGGCCCCGAGACGUCCCGCCUGCUCUCGCAGGUCCUCAUACCCGCAGUGGCUCUGGAGCUCCACCAGCUGACCAGCCCCGACAGCACCAGCCAGAAGGCCGGCGCUCUUCAGACUCUCAAGGCCUUACUAUACCCCACAUCUUCUUCCAUCAGCGCACAGAUACCACUCGACUCUGACCCUGAGCUCGUCAAGCGUGCCAUUCAGGACGCAUUCGUCAACCUCGACACGGAGCUCGUCACAGCACCACUCCGGAUAUUAUCCCAAUACGUUGACAAGAAGUCUCUCAAGAAGGGCGCCAUCCCCGACCUCAGCAGCCAUCCCAUGGCCAUCGCGAGCAUGCAGCCCGCCAUCUCAGGCAGCUGUGCGAUCAUGGCUCUAUUUGACACUGCACACGAGAACCUGUACGUCGCAUGUACGGGUGACAGCCGCGCAGUCGCUGGCAUCUACGAAGAGUCUCCAGACGGCCAGGGCCGGUGGCGCGUAGAAGCACUCAGCGAGGACCAGACCGGUCGCAAUCCGAGCGAACUGAAGCGGUUACAAUCGGAGCAUCCUGCAGACGAAGCCAACGCAGUAGUCACCCGAGGCCGUAUCCUCGGUGGCCUGGAGCCCAGCCGCGCCUUCGGCGACGCCCGCUACAAAUGGCCCCGCGAAGUCCAAACCCUUCUACAAAAAACGUUCCUUGAGGGCAACGACCAAUCCAUGCGCCCGACGCCCGCGCUGCUCAAGACGCCGCCCUACGUGACCGCGCGCCCGGAGGUCACCCACCGCAAGCUCUCCCUCCCCACCACCGACUCCCCCCACCCCGCGUCCGCACUCCGCUUCGUCGUCCUCGCCACUGACGGCCUCUGGGACGAGCUCUCCUCCGAGGAGGUCGUCGCCCUCGUCGGCGGAUACCUCCAGGGUCUCAAGGGCACCGUCCCGAAAGCGCGAUUAUCGGACCUCGUGAAGACUUCCACGGGCGCACCCACGGUAAAUGGGAAGGCGGCGCGCACGAAGGUCUCGGAGGGCUCCUGGGCGUUCGUCGACGACAACGUCGGCACGCAUCUCAUCCGGAACGCCCUGGGCGGGGGCGACGACGACAAGAUGCGGAAGCUGCUCAGCAUCCCGCCGCCGGCGUCGCGAAGCUACAGGGACGACAUCACCGUGACCGUCGUGUGGUGGGAGGACGGCGCAGAGGCGAGUUCCUCCUCCACAGCAGCAGAGGAGAAGGUCCGAGCCAAGCUGUGACACAUGCACAUUGCUCGUUGUAUUUACAUUCCGACGUAAUGUAGCAUACCAGAAAGCGAUGACUGUCCUCGCUUGAGCCUCGCUGAGCCGUGCUGAUACCCGAGCUC